CCGGGAGGGCCGGACGGGCUUCCGGAGUGCGGACGCUCGGCGGGACGUGUCGGCGCCCGGAGCCCCGGGGUGAUGGCGGCAGCUGCGAGGCCUGGGCUGGGCCGAGUGCUCCCUGGAUCCUCCAUCCUGUUCCUGUGUGACAUGCAGGAAAAGUUCCGCAGCAGUGUCAGCUACUUCCCACAGAUCGUCGCUGUGGCUGCACGCAUGCUCAGGGUGGCCCAGCUGCUGGAGGUGCCAGCUGUGCUGACGGAGCAGUACCCACAGGGCCUGGGCCACACGGUGCCAGAGUUGGGGGCAGAGUGCCUGCAGCCCGUGACAAAAACCUGCUUCAGCAUGGUGCCCGUGGUGCGGCAGGAGCUGGACAGCCGGCCUCAGGUGCAGUCCGUGCUGCUCUGCGGCAUCGAGACCCAGGCGUGCAUCCUGAACACAGCCCUGGACCUCCUGGACCGGGGGCUGCAGGUCCACGUGGUGGUGGAUGCCUGUUCCUCCCGCAGCCAGGUGGACCGGCUGGUGGCACUGGCCCGCAUGCGGCAGAGUGGAGCUUUCCUGUCCACGAGUGAGGCGCUCAUCCUGCAGCUGGUGGGGGAUGCCGCCCACCCCCGGUUCAAGGAGAUCCAAAAGAUCAUCAAGGAACCCGCCCCGGACAGCGGGCUGCUGGGCCUCUUCCAAGGCCAGAACCCCCUCUUCCGCUGAUCUCCUGGCGCUGCCUCCAAAGGAGACCACCCUCCAGUCGUCUGCACUGGUGGAAGCGCUUUCUUCCCCCAUCCCUGCAUCCCAGGAGUGGUGCAGUCCACCCGGAGUCCCGCCUCCUUGGGGAGGGAGGCGGGGCUCCGCCUUUCCAUUGGCCAGACGCUCCCGGAAAUGCAAAUGCGGCUCCUGGAAGCCGGCCGGGAGUUGGCUGCGAGCGCCGCGGGGGCGGGGCUCGGCCCGGGGCCCCUGCACGGGGCGGGAAGGGAGGGGCA